GCGGGAGCUAGAGCCGAAGCCUGAAGAGACUGAAGCAAGCAGGAGACGCCGAGGCCGCCGCGGGUCCCCAGUGUCGCCGCCUGCGCCCCCGCGCUACUGCCUGCCUGUCGUGGGCAGCAGCGGCCGGCUGGGGGGCAGCGGCGCCAUGGCCGCGCCGGAGCCGCUGCGGCCGCGCCUGUGCCGCCUGGUGCGGGGCGAGCAAGGCUACGGCUUCCACCUGCACGGCGAGAAGGGCCGCCGCGGGCAAUUCAUCAGGCGCGUGGAGCCCGGGUCUCCCGCCGAGGCGGCCGCGUUGCGCGCUGGGGACCGCCUGGUCGAGGUCAACGGCGUCAACGUGGAGGGCGAGACGCACCACCAGGUGGUACAGAGGAUCAAGGCUGUGGAAGGGCAGACACAGCUGCUGGUGGUAGACAAGGAGACAGAUGAGGAGCUUCGCCGGCGGCAGCUGACCUGCACUGAGGAAAUGGCCCAUCAAGGCCUUCCACCGGCCCAUGACCUCUGGGAACCAAAGCCUGACUGGGCACAUGGGGGCAGCCUCAGCUCUGAUGCUGACCAGAAGGAUGUCAGUGGGCCCCCGAGAGAGUUUCGGCCUCGGCUCUGUCACCUUCAAAAGGGACCUCAGGGUUAUGGAUUUAAUCUGCACAGUGACAAGUCCCGGCCUGGCCAGUACAUCCGCUCUGUGGACCCAGGCUCACCUGCUUCCCACUCUGGUCUCUGUGCCCAGGACCGGCUCAUCGAGGUGAAUGGGCAGAAUGUGGAGGGGCUGCGCCAUGCUGAGGUUGUCGCAAGGAUCAAGGCACAGGAGCAUGAAGCCCGGCUGCUGGUGGUGGACCCUGAGACAGAUGAGCACUUCAAGCAACUGCGGGUCACACCCACCGAAGAGCAUGUGGAAGGUCCAUUGCCAUCACCAGUUACCAAUGGGACCAGCCCUGCCCAGGGAUCCUGUCCUGGGUCAGCACCAUGCCCAAGUCACACAGGGCCAGCAGGCACCUGGGGCUCUGGGGCCACUGCCCUCUCUUCUCUGUUCCUGGUACUAUUUAGCUACUGUUUCAUCCUGCAGUCGCAACCUCCUUGGAAGACGGCCCUGUCUUCAUCCAAGCUCAAUGGUGGCUCGGUGUGCUUGUCCCGAAGUGACCUACCAGGCUCAGACAAGGACACUGAGGAUGGUAGUACCUGGAAGCGAGAUCCAUUCCAGGAAAGCGGCCUCCACCUGAGCCCCACAGCAGCUGAGGCAAAGGAGAAGGCUCGGGCCACGCGGGUCAACAAGCGGGCGCCCCAGAUGGACUGGAACCGGAAGCGUGAGAUCUUCAGCAACUUCUGAGCCCCUCCUUGCCUGUUUGGGCCCAUGUGGGAUCGCUGGCCUGUCCAGAGCUCCGCAAGCCUCAGUGGACUGGGGGGUGGUUUCCUCUAUCCAGAAAGCAACCUGUGCCCCAGUGAGCCUCUGUCUUGUCUCCUACCUGCUCUGUGCUGGGGACCUAUCCCAGCAAGAUGAGGAGAGAGACAGAGACAGAAAGAGACACUGAGAGAGAAAAUGACUGGUGAAGAGAAGGUGGGCCAGAGUGUGACCAUCACCAAGGGCCUUUGCUGCUCUGUCCCAGGCCUGCUGACUGAAAGGAAUUUGUUUUGCUUUUUUCUCAAAAAGAUCUCCAGCACCACGUUUCCACUUAAUACUAGAGCCCCUUUACCCCUACGACUUGCUUUCUAAGUAACUGCGAUACAACAAACCUUUCUCUGCAAACCAUUUCCUCCCCACCUCCUCAGUAGCACCAUCCUGAGUGAAAACCUAGGAACUUCCAGGGGACAGAAAGCCAGAGGCCCUCAGGCUGUACUCAUGUGAGCUUUUUUGGGGAAAGGCUGGGGAAGCCAGAUGUGCCUAUAGGAGCUGCCCUCCCUUGUGUGGAGGGUCACUAGGCCAGCCCCUAGCCCCCUGCCCAUUUAGGGGCUUGGAGUGCAGGGCCUGGGCUCUAUGAGGGGCCUGAGGAUGGAGGCCUAUGCCCCGAGGAAGGCAGUCUCCGGACAGGCCCCCCUUCCCGCACCAGGCCUGGGGAAUGUAAGAACUGCCCCCAUGAAGGGCCCCAAGCCUAUAGGCCUAGCCUUUUUUUGCCUUACACCUGCCCGGCAUCCACCCCUACAGACAUCCUGUUGACUCUGCCCUUUCCUCAAUGCCCUGAACCCCUAUACUGACCGACACUGCUGUCUGCCUUGUAAGCCAUAGCGCAUGCGCGCUCUAAGAAUAAACAGACCUUGCCUUGGAACCUGGCA